UGACAUUCUUAACAAAUAACAUUUUUUCAUAAAAAAAUAGGAUUCAAAUAAUUUGUUGCCUUAACAUUCCAACAUAAAUUCUUAGACACGCGUCUGGUCUUAAGCUAAUCUGACAUUUGUAAUAUGCUGUGUCUGUUGUAAUAGUCGUACCAUAAUGAAACUAUAAAAGGAGAGAGAGCACAAAUGGUGGAGAUAGUGAGAAAUGGAGCAGUUUGUAUGGAGGGUGUUGCCUUUACUCACAAUCCUCAUGUCUUUAGUAGUAUUCUUCUACUUGCAGGAUUCUUACAGGGCCCAUUUACAUCCUCUCGUAAAGUUACCGCGGAGUAAGUGCAGUCUUCUUCCCCAUCGUCAUUUCUGGAUAACCAGCAAACGCAUUGUGACCCCACAAGGGAUCAUUUCUGGUUCAGUGGAGAUAAAUGAAGGGAAAAUAAUAUCUGUCAUCAAGGGAUAUAGUAAGCAGGGGAAGUCUAAGCAAGAAAAAAUAAUUGAUUAUGGAGGUGCUGUUGUCAUGCCUGGCUUGAUUGAUGUGCACGUACAUCUUGAUGAGCCAGGAAGAACUGCGUGGGAAGGAUUUGAUACUGGUACCAGAGCUGCUGCUGCUGGUGGUGUAACAACAGUGGUUGACAUGCCUCUGAACAAUCACCCUACAACUGUGUCUAGGGAAACACUGAAACUUAAGCUUGAAGCUGCAGAGAAUAAAAUCUAUGUCGAUGUUGGAUUUUGGGGAGGCCUAAUCCCUGAAAAUGCACAUAAUACAAGUAUUCUUGAAGGUCUCCUAAGUGCUGGUGUUCUUGGUUUGAAGUCUUUUAUGUGUCCUUCAGGAAUUAGUGACUUUCCUUUGACUACUAUUCACCAUAUCAAGGAGGGAUUGUCUGUGUUAGCAAAAUAUAGAAGGCCUUUACUUGUGCAUUCUGAGAUUCAACAACAUUCUAAAAAACAUUUGGAGCUUAAUGAUAAAGGUGGUCCACGUGCUUACUUGACCUAUCUCCACACUAGGCCACCUUCAUGGGAGGAAGCAGCCAUUAAAGAACUUGUAGGUGUUACGAAGGACACAAGAAAAGGUGGUCCUUUAGAAGGAGCACAUGUUCACGUGGUUCACUUGUCUGAUUCAAGUGCUUCCUUAGAUCUGAUUAAGGAAGCAAAACGUCGUGGUGACAGCAUAAGUGUUGAGACUUGUCCCCAUUACUUAGCUUUCUCGUCUGAAGAGAUACCAAAUGGAGAUACUCGUUUUAAGUGUUCCCCGCCCAUUCGUGAUGCAUACAACAGAGAAAAAUUAUGGGAGGCUGUAUUAGAGGGACACAUUGACCUAUUAAGUUCUGAUCAUUCACCAACUGUGCCUCAACUCAAGCUUCUAGAGGAGGGUGACUUCUUGAAGGCUUGGGGAGGAGUAACAUCUUUGCAGUUUGAUCUUCCAGUGACGUGGUCUUAUGGGAAGAAACAUGGACUAACUCUGGAACAGUUGUCGUUAUUGUGGAGCAAGAAACCUGCAACAUUUGCGGGGUUAGAAUCAAAGGGGGCCAUUGCAGUUGGAAACCAUGCAGAUAUUGUAGUUUGGAAACCAGAGGUGGAGUUUGACCUGAAUGAAGAUUAUCCUGUUUUCCUUAAACAUCCUAGCCUCUCUGCUUAUAUGGGAAGAAGGCUAUCCGGAAAAGUUUUGGAGACUUUUGUCAGAGGAAACCUUGUGUUUAAGAAAGGAAAGCAUGCUCCUUCAGCCUGUGGUGUUCCAAUUCUAGCCAAAUGAAUUAGUUAAAUAUUGGUGAUCCCCAUAACUUUCCAAACUCAUCUCAAUUUCAUUUGGUUCUCUCACGAGUUCAUGAUAUGCUUGUCAUGAUCCUUAUUCAUGUUGUAGGCAGGUUUCUUUCAGAUACUAGUUUCUUUGGGGCAUAAUAAGAGAUAGAAGUAGCUGCCGGCAGCAUUCUCCUUCUCAUCGACUAGUUCAUACCAUGUAUUAUUGCAGUUUGGAGUGACUUACUUGAAUGUUUAUGUAGAUUUAUAAUUUUACAAAUUCUAAAGUUUCUGUCUUCACAUAUCAUUGCAUGAAAUGAAUAUGCAUGUUUCCUAGCUAAGAAACAUCAUGUUAACAUAAA